CCAGUUUGAAAAAAAAUAAAAUCACCGGACUCGUCAGGGAUGUUUGCGACAUUUGUGGAUAGUUAAAGAAUGAGAAUAAGCGCGUAUGUACUAACGUCUACCGUAGGGAACUCUGAAAGCGUUGGAAAAUAGAAAUAUCAAUGAAGUUUUGUUGGAUAAGAUUAAAAGAGCUCAAAUCAGAGGUAAUUGCAAGAUGAGCGCUGUUACUCCGUAGAGAGUAACCAAUUUCAAGAACUGUAAUACAAAGAAUUGAUAUUCGGCUUUUCAUCUGCCAUUAUUAACACAACCAAAAUGAUCAAACAGGAUUUUUUUCUUCUGUUAACGCUUUCAGCUAUAGCUUUUCUCAUUACUCAUACUCGAUCCUCUGUAGCCGUUUGUGAUCAACACUGUCCUGGGUCCUCACUAAACUUUCGUCUUCCGUUUCCGUACGGGUUCUCUGAAGGUUGUCCCAUCCGUUUAAACUGCUCAAAAGGAGAAGUCUUUGUUGGAGAAGAAUUUCGUGUUCAAAAUGUGACAUCAGAUGGUUUAUUAAUCAACAUACCACCUAAGUGCAAUCGCUCAAUCGAAACCUUGAAACCUCUGUACAGUUCGAACUACGCUUUAACUUCGCGAAACGGAUUACUCUUACAAAAUUGUACAACUAAACCACAAGAUUGUGUAAUACCGGAAAGUUUAUUAAGACUACAAUUUCGCUCUAAAGAUUGUGAACAUCCUUUCUGUUAUUCUGCUAAGGUUGGAGAAGAACGUGUGAAAAAUGGAGAUGGUGCAAGUUUCCUUAGUUUCCACAACAUUAGUAGUACCGGCUGCAAGUUUCUGUACUCUUCAGUUGCUGUUGUUGUGAAUUCGAGUUCAAUGGUUUCUUUGGAAUUUCGAACACUUCAUUUAAGUUACUGGCUAAAUGGAGGUUGCAAUUGUUCUUCAAAUGCUAAUUGUACCCGGAUUAUCUCUCCGGUAAGUCAAACAGCAGGUUACCGGUGCCAAUGUGUCGAAGGUUUCGAAGGCGAUGGUUAUGCUCCGGGUCGUGGUUGCGUGAAAGCUUCCAAAUGCAAUCCUGAUAAAAACUGGUCUCGACAAUGUAGGGGAGCAACUAAACUUGCUGUUCUGAUUAUAGGUGUUAUCGCGGGAGCUUCUUUAAUGGCGGGCAUUGCUUUUUUCUGCUAUAUGUUUAGAUAUCGAUCUGCUUCUUUAAAAAUUCGGAAGAGCACCAAACAGUUACUGUCCGAAGCUGAAGGCAGUUGUAGUGUCCCAUUCUAUAGAUUUAAAGAAAUGAAACGUGCAACCUAUGGAUUCUCCGAGAAACACAGGCUAGGAACUGGGGCUUAUGGGACAGUUUAUGCAGGAAAGCUUCGCAGUGAUGAUUGGGUUGCCAUAAAAAGAAUCAGAUACCGAGAUGCAGACAGUAUAGAGCAAGUUAUAAAUGAGGUCAAACUUCUCUCAUCUGUAACCCACCCGAAUUUAGUACGUUUGUUAGGCUUUUGUUUAGAGAGGGAUGAACAGAUCCUUGUCUAUGAGUUCAUGCCCAACGGAACCUUAUCUCAGCAUUUACAGAGGGAGAGGGGCACUGGCCUUUCGUGGGUAGUUCGUCUCACUAUUGCAACUGAAACAGCUCAAGCCAUUGCCCAUCUCCAUUCAGCAUUGGACCCGCCGAUAUAUCACAGAGACAUCAAAUCAAGCAACAUACUCUUAGAUUUCAAUCUCAAUUCAAAAGUUGCCGAUUUCGGUCUUUCAAGAGUUGGUAUGACUGAGAUGUCCCACAUUUCGACAGUCCCACAAGGGACCCCAGGGUAUCUUGAUCCUCAAUAUCAUCAGAAUUUUCAUCUUUCCGAUAGAAGUGAUGUUUACAGCUUCGGGGUAGUUUUAGUUGAGAUACUAAGUGGAUUAAAAGUGGUGGAUUUCACUCGACAACCAAACGAGGUGAAUUUGGCAAAUUUUGCAAUGGAAAAGAUCAGGAUGGGUUGCUUAGAUGAAAUAAUUGAUCCAUUCCUUGAGCAACAUAGGAAUGCUUGGACAUCUUCGUCUAUGCAUAAAGUUGGCGAGCUAGCAUUUAGAUGCCUUGCAUUUCAUAGUGAAACUAGGCCAUCAAUGAUGGAAGUUGCAGCUGAACUGGAGAGCAUUAUGGUAAGUGGUGGUGUUCCUAUGAAGACGAAAGAAUUGGAGCCAGAGCAUGAGGAGAAGAAUAUUUGCAUUGGAUCUCCUGUGGUUUCAUGUUGCUCUUCACUUUCUAAUAUUGGAGAUGAAAAGUCACAAAAUUUAUCAGAUAACAAGGUUGUACUAGUUGAUGAUGAACCAAAAGGGGCUGCUCAAAAAAUGCGCAGUUAUGGAUUUUCAGGAGAGGAGGUAAAAGCUAGUUCUUCGAUUUCUUUGGAGGAUUUAUGGCUGAGUGAAGAAACUUCUUCACCUUCGUCGAAUAGUUUGUUGUCUAAUGUAGUUUAAUAGGAUACACAAAAAUAGAUAAGGUACGUCUUUAUUCACUUCUGUCUAACUCUGCCUCACACAGAUAUCUAGCUCAGCAGUCAGCGGGCAUACGAUUUUUUUUUCCCUGCCGGAAAUGCAAUAUUUCCCCCACUCCUUUCCUCCAUCCCUUCCCAUUACGUGUCAAACAGAUAGUGAUUUGAUUAUAAGGCUAAGAUCGUUGCCACCUAAUGAGAAAAAGGAGCGGGCUAGUGUGACAGUUUCCGUUUUUUGCAGCCAAACCAUUCGGCUCAUCAACCUAUGUAGAGUUGAUUUCCGAUAAUCGAUUCUGUGACCCUGGGGCUGGGGUCCUCAAUAACAAUAACUAAUCCAAUUACAACAUGCGUUGAAUAAGUGGUAAUAAAUUUAAUCCU